AUGGGUUUGAGUCCCAAGAAAGAAGAAGCAGUGAAGAAAAGGAGGGGUCGAAGAGGAUCGAAGAAGGGAUGCAUGAAAGGCAAAGGAGGGCCAGAGAAUGCCCUCUGCAAUUACAGAGGCGUCAGACAGAGGACAUGGGGGAAAUGGGUAUCAGAAAUAAGGGAGCCAAAGAAAGGAAGUCGCCUCUGGCUUGGCACCUUUGAUACUGCACAUGAAGCUGCUAUUGCAUAUGACCAUGCCGCCACAACAAUCUAUGGUUCCCAAGCUGUUCUUAACCUGCCUCCUGCUUCUCAUAUUCAACCCCAUGAUGAAAAAGAAAGAGAUGAUGAACACUACUUUACUCCACCAGCUGUAACCUCUCCUUCAAAUGACUCUGAUAUGGGUUUUGGUGAUGAAUUCAAGGAUUUGCCCCAUAUAGUUGCUUACCAAGAUCUCUCCUCCAUUAAGAACAUCUCCUGUAUUCAAAAGAUUCAUCAUGGUGUGAAUGACUCUGAAUUGCUGAAUUAUUCAGGUACAAGUUUUGUUGACAACUCAGACCUGGAAAAUAACAGAUUCAAUUCUCAUGAACAAUCUUCUUUGUUGGAGUAUUCAGAGCAGUUAAAGUUCAGUAGCAGUAGUGUGGAGUGGCCUUCGUGUCUUGACCUUCUUCCUUUGGAUGAUAACAGUUCAGACAUAAUGUUUCAAAUGCAGUCACCUCCAUCUGCAAGCUCUCAGAAUGAUAUCUUCAGUGCUUUAGAUCAACCAUUCAUGGAGGACACCUAUAAAUAUGCAAAUAAACAUACAAAUACAAACUCCAGGACCUUCCCAUCAUAA